GUUUGAGGCUGCCGCCCCCACGUCCUCCUUCGCGCGCUCUUGCUGCUCGCCAGCAGGCAUCGCGAUUUGUCACAAGGUUAUUGCACCGUGCCGCCCACUACCUGAGGCGAUGGUGUGCAGCUUUUUGUAUCCUAAAUCCAUUCGCAUCUCACUUUACUGCAUUGCCGACUCUAGUCAGCUGCACGAUACGCGGUAGACGCAUUGUAAUUUGUCAUAACGCGCGCCGUGCACGCAUUGCCACUUAUCAUAACGCGCUAUCGUCAAGCAAUCAGUGAGCAAAACAUGCGCCUCCCGACGCAACCGGAUCCGCUGGCCACGCCCUGCCACCAGAAGUGCUUCGCGCAAAUCCUCGCGCGGCACAAGUGCACGCCGGGCGCUUGCCGCAUCUGCCGGCUGCUCCAGAACGACGCCGACAACGAGGAGAGUCUGACGAACGCCGCUGAGAAGGGCUUCGCCUACUGCCUGGCGUCCCUCAUCGACGCCGGCGUCGCGCCGGACGUCGCCGACGCGCGCGGCCUCAGUCCGUUGCACCACGCGGCGGGCAACGGGCGCACCGCCUGCGUCGAGCUGCUGCUGGCCGCGGGCGCGGACCCGAACCGCGCGAACCACGCGGCCGGGCUCACGCCCCUCCACGGCGCGGCGCUCGGCGGCCAUACUGAAUGCCUGCGCCUGCUGCUGGAAAAGGGCGGAGACCCCGACCGGUGCGACAAUCACGGCCUCACGCCGCUGACGCGCGCCGCCGGCAAGUGCGCCGAGUGCGUCCAGGUGUUGUUAGAUUUUGGCGCCGACCCGGACGCGGACUUCUGCGGCUGGGGGCCGUUGCACGUGGCGACGCGGUCGGGCGCGCCCAAGGCCGUCGUCGGAGCUUUACUGGCCGCCGGCGCGGACCCGAACCUACCUCGGGCCGACGGCAUCACGCCGCUCGCGGACGCACUCCGCCGCGGCCGGCGCAGCGCCGUGCCUCUCCUCAUGCGGGCCGGGGCGACGGUCGUCGGCACGGACCGCCUCUUAUUGCUCCCGCGCGGCGCGGCGAACGCCGACGCGUGGGCCUUCGCCGACGCCGUCGCGGCGGCGGGCGGCUGGGCGGCCCACGUGCGGGCGCACCGCCGCGUGUGGUGCUCCUACGCGCGCAAGUGUACGGACGGAAAGCUGGUCGACGACGUCCUUGGGCUCGUCGUGGACUUCCUCGUGCCGCCGGGCGGCUCCUGAACCCCCUCUUGUCCAUUAUCAUAACGUGAAGUCUAGGACUUGUCAUGUACGUUGUCGGUCACGGUUGCGUAAGCCCAGAGGCGAUGGGUAUGCCAUGAACGCCCGCCGCCGCGAGGGCCUAGGUAGACUACCGACGC